CAUGGCCAUCACUCCCCUGCCACCGGGAGCAUGCUGUGCCAGCAGUGUGGCAGGGGUAACCGGAUCCACGCUGUAUCAUCCUUCAGAGGAGAGGCCAGCUCCUGGCUGCCAUGUUUUCCCAGUGGCAAGGUAAAUACAGGCCCCUCCCUGGCUCGUUUGCUGUAAACAGAAGACCUGGUAAUGAAAUACAUACUAUAAACACAGAUCCUUAUCAGGGCUGUAACCUCGCCUGCUGCCCCAGCACCGGCUGCACCGGGCAGCUGGGGCUCGGCAUGGGCUGAGCCUCACCCCAUCCAUCAGUCUGUCCUGCCGUCUAUCCAUGCAACCCUUCAUCCACCCAUCCAGCUGGCCACACAGCCACCCGUCAACCUACCUGUCCAUCCGUCUGUGCACCAUUUGGCCAUCCCUCCAUUCCUCCGCCCAUUCCUGUAUCCCUCCAUCUGUCCCUGCAUCCCUCCAUCCUUCCAUGCCUCCAUUCAUCCCUCCAUCCAUCCAUUCAUCACUUCAUCCUUGCAUCCCUCUAUGCCUUCCUGCAUCAUUCUAUCCCCACAUCCCCACACCCCUCCUUCCAUCCCUCCAUCCAUCCCUCUAUCCCUCCAUCCCUUCAUCCCUCCUUCCAUUCCUGCAUCCCUGCACCACUCCAUCUAUCCCUCCACUCCUCUCCCCUUGCCCCCCAGAGCCGGAGGGUGUCAGCAGCCGCCCCCCAGUCCUUCCCACCUCUUCCCUCUCACCCCCAUGUGGACCCCAGACCCCCUGCCCCGCCGUGCUGAUCCGGGGCCAGGGAAUCUGUAUCCGGAGGAUUCUCCUCGCCCAUGGUGCUCUCUCUCUCCUCGCAGUGUGCCCAUGCGGCGUGGGCUCAGCGUGCACGGCGGCGGGCGAGUGCUGCCACGCUGAGUGCUUGGGGGGUUGCGGGCGACCCCGUGACAACCGAGCCUGCGUUGCCUGCCGCCACUUCCACUUCAACGGGCAUUGCCUACCCUCCUGCCCGCCCCGCACCUACGAGUACGAGGGCUGGCGCUGCGUCACCGCCGAGUACUGCGCCAGCCUCCGCAAGGUCUCUGACAACCCCCGCGACGCCUCUAAGUUCGUCAUCCACGAGGGGCAAUGCCUCUCCGAGUGUCCCUCGGGCUACACCAGGAAUGAGAGCAGCACCUUCUGCCACAAGUGUGAGGGGCUGUGCCCCAAGGAGUGCAAGGUGGGCACCAAGACCAUCGAUUCGACACGGGCGGCGCAGGAGCUGCGGGGCUGCACACUCAUUGAGGGCAAUCUUAUCGUGAACAUCCGCCGGGGCUAUAACCUAGCCUCGGAGCUGCAGAGCAGCCUGGGGCUCAUCGAGACCAUCACGGGCUUCCUGAAGAUCAAACACUCCUUCGCCCUCGUCUCCUUGUCCUUCUUCAAGAACCUCAAGCUGAUCCGUGGUGACUCCAUGGUGGACGGGAAUUAUACCCUGUACGUCCUGGACAAUCAGAACCUGCAGCAGCUCUGGGACUGGACCCACCAUGUCCUCUCCAUCCCUGUGGGCAAGAUGUACUUCGCCUUCAACCCCAAGCUGUGCCUGGCCGAGAUCUACCGCAUGGAGGAGGUGACGGGCACCAAGGGACGGCAGAACAAGGCAGAGAUCAACCCCCGCACCAACGGGGACCGGGCGUCCUGUGAGUAUGGGGAUGGGGACACCCAGCAGUGCCACGACCCCCUGCCCAAACCCUGCCUUCUCUCUGCAGGCAAGACCCAGACCCUGCGCUUCAUCUCCAACGUCACCGAGUCCGAUCGCAUCUUCCUCAAGUGGGAGCGAUACCGGCCCCCUGAGUACCGGGACCUCCUCAGCUUCAUUGUCUACUACAAGGAGUCACCUUUCCAGAACGUGUCAGAGUACGUGGGGCAGGACGCCUGCGGGGCACAGAGCUGGAACGUGCUGGAUGUGGAGCUGCCACUCAGCAGUGAGCAGGCGCCAGGGGUGGCCCUGCUCAACCUCCGCCCCUGGACACAGUACGCCAUCUUUGUCCGUGCCAUCACCCUCACCACUGCCGAGGAAGGACGCAACUACGGGGCACAGAGUGAGGUGGUCUACAUCCGCACCAUGCCGGCAGCCCCAACGGUGCCCCGGGAUGUCAUCUCCAUGUCCAACUCCUCCUCCCACAUCGUGGUGCGUUGGAAGCCGCCCACGCAGCGCAAUGGCAACAUCACCUACUACCUGGUGUUGUGGCAGCAGCUGGCCGAGGACAUGGAGCUCUAUGUCAAUGACUACUGCCACAAAGGUCUGAAGCUGCCCACCAGCAGCGCGGACACCCGCUUUGGGGAUGGAGACGGCCCCGAGGUGGAGCAGGAUGUGGAGGAGCGGUGCUGCCCCUGCCGCCCUGCUGAUGGGCAGCUCCGCAUGGAGGGCGAAGCUGAGUCCUUCCAGAAAAAGUUCGAGAACUUCCUCCACAACUCCAUCAUCAUCCCCAGGCCACCCUGGAAGGUGACGUCCAUCAACAAGAACCCACAGAGGACCCCGAAGCGGCGCAGGGACGUGGUGGCCGUCACAUCCCCGGCCAACGCCUCCUUGGCUGAGCUGCCAGCCCCAAGCCAUGCCAGGGGUGAGCCCAAACCCGACUUCCAGAUCUUCGAGGACAAGGUGGUACGUGACCGGGCAGUGCUGUCACGGCUGCGGCACUUCACUGAGUACCGCAUUGACAUCCAUGCCUGCAACCACGCUGCGCACACCGUGGGCUGCAGCGCCGCCACCUUCGUCUUCGCCAGGACCAUGCCGGAGCUGCAAGCUGACAACAUUCCCGGCAAUGUCACAUGGGAGCCGGCCGGCAAGAACAGCGUCCUGCUGCGCUGGGAAGAGCCCAGGAACCCCAAUGGGCUCAUCCUCAAGUAUGAGAUCAAGUACAGCCGUGAGAGUGAGGAGGUCACCACCGUUGUCUGUGUCUCCCGUCACCGCUACUCCAAGUACGGGGGGGUCCACCUGGCUCUGCUCCAGCCGGGGAACUACUCAGCCAAGGUCCGGGCCACCUCGCUGGCCGGCAACGGCUCAUGGACGGGGCUCAUCAAGUUUUACAUCCUGGGGCCAGCCGAGGAAGAGUCCGGCAGCUUCUACAUCCUGCUCACCGUUACGCCUGUGGUCCUCAUGGUGCUCAUCUCCUGCCUUGCCGUCUUCAUCUUCUUCUACAACAAGAAGAGGAGCAACGACGGGUACCCCAGUGGGACGCUCUACGCCUCCGUCAACCCUGAGUACUUCAGUGCCUCGGACAUGUACAUGCCUGAUGAAUGGGAGGUGUCGCGGGAGAAGAUCACGGUGAUCCGGGAGCUGGGACAGGGAUCCUUCGGAAUGGUGUACGAGGGGCUGGCGCUGGGGCUGACUGCGGAGAGCGAGGAGACCAAGGUGGCCCUGAAGACAGUCAAUGAGUUGGCCACCAUGCGGGAGCGCAUCGAGUUCCUCAAUGAGGCCUCUGUCAUGAAAGCCUUCAAGUGCCACCACGUGGUCCGUCUGCUUGGCGUCGUGUCCCAGGGCCAGCCAGCUUUGGUCAUCAUGGAGCUGAUGACGCGCGGAGACCUGAAGAGCUACUUACGCUCACUCAGGCCUGAUGCUGAGAACAACCCCGGGCUGCCUCCGCCAUCACUCAAGGACAUGAUCCAGAUGGCGGGGGAGAUUGCCGAUGGCAUGGCGUACCUCAACGCCAACAAGUUUGUGCACCGGGACCUGGCCGCCCGCAACUGCAUGGUGUCAGAGGACUUCACCGUCAAGAUUGGAGAUUUCGGCAUGACCCGGGAUAUCUAUGAGACAGAUUAUUAUCGGAAAGGGGGCAAGGGGCUGCUCCCCGUCCGCUGGAUGUCCCCUGAGGCCCUCAAGGAUGGCAUCUUCAACACGCAGUCUGAUGUCUGGUCCUUUGGCGUGGUGCUGUGGGAGAUUGCCACGCUGGCUGAGCAGCCCUACCAGGGCAUGUCCAACGAACAGGUCCUGCGCUUCGUCAUGGACAACGGUGUCCUGGAGCGGCCCGAAAACUGUCCCGACAAACUCCACGAGCUGAUGUGCCUGUGCUGGCAGCAGAACCCACGCCAGCGCCCUUCCUUCGUCCAGCUCCUGGAGAGCAUCAAGGACCACAUGGCACCCGCUUUCCGCACCCUCUCCUUCUUCUACAGCCCCGAGAACCGCCGGUGCGGCUCGGUUGAACCCUCCGACGCCGAAACGGAUCAGUCCCCUGGGGAGGACGAGCCCCCCGUGUCCCCCUUGCCCAUCUGCAAGGACCGAAGCCCCGUCCGGCUCCCCAAUGGGACGGCCUGACUCUGACC